AUGUCGAUGAACUUCCUACUCCUCCUCACAUUGUUAUUCCUCCCCGCUGCCCAUGGGUCUAUUUUGGAGGCUACGUUGACGGAAACCCGCUGCCACGUACCUCUCGUCGCGCGAAAUGGACCUCUGAUUUCUCCUCGGAUCCACAAGUACACCAGGAGACUCUUAACGAAGUGGAACUCUUCGGGACUCUCGCUCGCUGUCGUUCGGAAAGACGACAGCCUUCCCAGCGGAUGGCGCCACGAGUUUGGUUCAUAUGGGAUCGCGAAGGGUGAUGGUUCUCUCGUAACCCCUGACUCUGUCUUUGCAAUCGCGUCAAACAGCAAGCUCUUCCUCUCGCUUUCGGUCGGGUUACUCAUAACGAACGAAACACUGGCGAAGGAGCGCGGCCAGGGGCUCAGCUGGACAACAAAGAUACGAGAUUUGCUUCCGGAAUGGGCUCUCCUGGACGAGGUUGCGAGUCGUGAAUCAACGCUGCAGGACCUGCUCUCACACCGAACUGGUGUACCGGCUCAUCAUUUUUCUGGUAUCCAGCGGCCUGGUGGAGUUCCCGAAGUGGUCUCUACCCUUCGACACCUGCGACCAGCGGCUGAGUUUCGAGAGACAUUCCAGUACAGCGAUCUAAUGUAUGAAGCCCUCUCAUACCUCCCACAGGCUCUCCUCAACCAGACGUACGAGUCCUACGUCGAACAGCAUUUGUUCGCGCCUCUGAACAUGACCGCAACGACUUUCUCCGUUGCCGAGGCAGAGAAGAGAGGCACGCUUGCUGACGGUUUCCAGUGGGACAUGAGGGAUCUCACGAAGGGUGAAAACGGGACGCUACGUGCAACUGUCCCAUAUUUCCAGCGUCCUGGCGAAGAACGCACUUGGGCUGGUCCUGCAGGAAUCCUAUCGUCUGCACGCGACCUUGCCGUUUGGGUUUCCAUGCUGCUGAACAAAGGCCGCCACCCUUACACAAAUAAAGUAAUCGUCUCAGAAGAGAUUAUCGACUACGUUGCAGCUGGUCGAACAGUGACCCACCCAGCUCCUGAUUUCCCGGAAGUCAGCGUACGGGUAUACGGUGCCGGCCAAUGGAGGUUCUCGUACCAAGGCCACGACCUCAUCCAGCACGGUGGCGACAAUCCGGGAUUCAAGACGCAAGUCGCUCGUUUUCCUAAUGACAAUCUCGGGGUCAUCGUACUCUCAAACGACGCGAACGGUGCCUUCCUCAUGGAGGCCAACGAAUACCGUCUUGCGGAUGAAAUUCUGGGGCUUACGCAGAUUGAUUGGGAUGAGAGAAUGGAAGCGUACUACAAUUACUCUGCUUCUCUUCAACAGCAAGUCACUCCACGACCUUCCUCGCCUAUUCCACCCACAAAUUCUUUCACCUCACUCGCGGAAAAAUCCUUCAGCCACGGGACCUACGGCACGCUUCAACCCUGUGUUGUCCCCGAGACAUUAUCGUUCUCUCAACUCACAGGCCACCGGUCCCACGAAGACUGCGCAGCCCUCCUCACCUCGCAUACCGUCAAGCGUAUCCUCUCCGCGUCGAAUCUCUCCAUCCCAACGUACAUCAUCCCGUGGAAGCGUUCUUUCUCGACACACCUCCGCCUAGCGCACUUCGACGCGAACACCUUCAACGUCACGAUCCUCUGGUCGAACGCCGAGGUGAGGGAAAAGGAGGGGUAUAGUAACGAGAAGGGAGGCGACGUGCUGCUUGGACUGGAUAAGCAUUUCGAGGUAGAGUGGGUCGGUGGUUCAGAGGGAGAAGAGGAGGGACUGGCAUUCAAAGGCGGGUUUUGGACUAGUGAGGGGCCUGAGCCGAGGACCCUCAGCGGGACCGGGAAGGAGAACGCAGAAGUGUGGUUUGCGAAGGAUUGA